CCCGAAUGUCGUUUAUUUUUUGUUUUCCCACCAGUUUCUCAUACCUUGCGCUUGCGCUUGUCGACGGACUAUAUGGUGUACACUGAAUAUCAUUCUCACCUUUCCAGUUUUACACUCCAUUUCAGUUCUCUAGGUGUAUGCAAUAGAUUGUGCCUUUGCUGUUGUGUUGUUCUCUUGACGUUGGUUUAUCGAGAAAUUUGUUCAAGUAUAGUGUCAGAUGAGGAGCAUCGAGCGCUUGCCUAAGGCCGUUCACAACUCUGUGCGCUCAGGGCUUGUAAUGUGUGAUUUUACAAGGGUUGUUGAGGAGUUGGUUUAUAACAGCCUCGAUGCAGGCGCUACUAAGGUUUCUGUGGCAGUUGGGGUGGGUAAAUACUAUGUCAAAGUGGAUGACAAUGGGUCUGGUAUUACACGGGAUGGAUUGUUGCUCCUGGGGGAACGAUACAUAACAUCAAAAAUGAACUAUGUGCCCCCGAUGGAUGCUGGUCACGAGAACCUAGACUUUCAUGGAGAAGCUCUGUGCUCAAUUUCUGACAUUUCUUUGUUAGAUAUUGUAACAAAAGCACGUGGAAAGCCAAAUGGAUACAGAAAGAUUAUGAAGAAUUCAAAGUGUGUGUAUCUUGGGAUACAUGAUGAUAGGCAAGAGGUGGGCACUACAGUGGUUUUUCUUAUCUCCAACGACGAUUUUUGGUUUUUGCUUACAGUCACUGUUCGUGAUAUAUUUUACAAUCAACCAGUGCGAAGGAAGCACAUGGAAUCCAGCCCAAAGAAGGUGUUGGAUUCUAUCAAAUUGAGCAUGCUGAGAAUUGCCCUUGUUCAUGUCAAUGUUUCCUUCAAAGUUAUUGAUGUGGAAAGUGCCUUGGAUCUGCUUCAUACAAGAACUUCAUCUUCUCCACUAUCAAUACUUUCUAGUUAUUUUGGGAUUGAGUAUUCAGCUACGUUGUACAAACUCAAUAUAUCUGAUGAUGAACUGAAGCUUACUGGGUAUAUUUCUGAUCCCCAUGAGGUGUUACUGCCAAAGUGGAGGUAUAUCUCCUAUAGAUGGGAAUUCUACUAUUUGUAUUUCUUAAUUGUAAACGCAGACAUCAACUCAAGAUUUGUGUCCAAGGGACCAAUCCACACAUUAGUGAAUCAGUUGGCUGCCCAAUUUGAUUUGUUGAAUGCGUGUCAGACUACUGUUAGCUCCAACUGCAAGAAGCAAAAUAAGUAUAAGAUGUGCCCAAUGUUCAUUCUGAAUCUACAUUGCCCGAGAUCUUACUAUGAUAUAACCACUCCUGGACGGAAUUCAGUGGAAUUCAAGGUGGUAAUAUUGGCUGUGGUUUUGAACUCAGGAAUUACACUCAUGAUCCUCUGCAUUAGCAAUUUUGUUGUAAAAAAGGACUGGGAUCCUGUACUUACUUUGAUUGGGAAUGGUGUCCUGCGUCUUUGGAAUGAAUACAUAUCUCCUGUCACAGCAGAUAAAGAUGCAUCUGAUACGUUUGGAAGUGGAAAGAAGAGGUGCUGGAAGCAUAAGUUUAAAGCUCCUUCGUAUUUGGACUCCCCACAGGCAAAGAAGCACUGCAACGACUAUGAUGACAGGCUGGAUUUUGACGGGUGUGUAUAUUCAUAUGGAAAGCCUUGUAGAAAAGUUUCAGAGCUAAUUAAGAACCAGAAAGAGAUAGGUUCUCUAUGUGAAGUGGACUACCAAAGGCGAUCACAUGGUGGAUCUCUAGCUGGUUACGGGGUAACAGGUCGAUUACACAGUGGAUCCGUAACUGGUUACGAGACAACAACCCGUAAUGAGAUCUGUGAUGAUCCAUCACCUUGCGUUGUUUAUUCUAGGUCACAUGCAAAAUAUACAUUUAGUGAAGAUGAGGAUAGAUUAUCAUUGUAUUCGGAGAAUUCCUUGCCAGAAUUGGAUGCUGAAACAGAUGACAUACCAACGGCGACUGUGGCUGUUUCUGACGAUCUUCAAUUUAGUGAUGGCACCAAUCUUCACCAGGAGCCAAGUAGAAAAUUUCUCAGAAGUUGCUCAUCUGGAAGAAAGUUGAUGUUCGAUAGAAAUUCACCUGUUAUGGAUGAAAGAUUUCAACUUCGAGGAGGUGACAAUAGAACUGAAAAAUCCUGGAAUGACUGUGACGAUAGUAUGGAUGAUAAAAUUGGGGCUAAUGUGUUGGGAAUGGAUCGACAACAGGAGGAAGCAUCAAUAUUUCAAUAUGCUUCAAGGGCUCAAUUUGACAUGCAUGAAAUAGUAGAGUUUCCCACGUGGGACUCAGACAUGUCAUCUUCAGUAUUUGCAAAAAUUCCACCAGAAUCUUUUUCACUGGACCCCAACUGUAGUCCUAAUUGGCAGUGUUUUAGGUCUGGAUGGUCUCCUUUUACAGCUGAGGAUAAUACUGGGAUCAGGUUUAAUGAUAAUGAUGAGGCUACUUAUGUAGGUUUGAAUGAAGGCUGCCCUGAAUUAUAUUGCACUCAGGGAGAAGGUGAAGAUUUCAAUUAUAACAAUUCAAUUACAAGAUUCCGUCGGUCUCAGCUGAAGUGCUCCUUUGUAAACAUGUCCCCUGAUAGAAAUAGUGAAAAUAUUGAGUUUCAUUGGGGAAAUUUUGAUUAUAUGUUCUCUCCAAAGUCUUUCAAAAAUUUCCGUAAAAGAGAUUGGUCAUUGUUAUCUCCAUGUGGUCAACAAAGUCCCAGAAAUUGCCUAGUGCCAUCAUCAUAUAACCCAUCACCAAUGGUAAAUGAACUUGAAAAUCCAGAUCUGGGGAAUCGAAAGACACCCUCUGAUGGCAGGAAAAUAUUCAUUAGAAGCCACUCAGCCCCACCAUUUCACAAAAGGAAGAAGAGAUAUAUUGAUUUGACUUGUACUUCCUCCAUGUUGUCCACAAAGAGAAAUUUUCAGAACAUCCCUAGAACACUUGAGUCGACAACUUAUCUCAAGGAUCUUAGGGACUCUUGUCGAAAACUCCAUUCCGAAGCUGAGAAUUUGAAAAUUUCUCAAAUUUCAUUUGACCAAUAUUGUGCGUCUCUAAUGGAAAGGCCAUCCAAAGAUCUCUCUAUUGAUGAAAGACAAAUUUUGAAAAUGGCACCUGAAGUCGUUGACAAUGGCGGACCACAAAAUAUGGGGUUAUCUGUCAGAGUGGGGUCUGUGGAAUGUCUUGAUACGAGUGAAAUUCAGGAUUCCCAGAAGACUCUGUGCAAAUGGCGGAAUCAACUUUUACCAUCUGCUGUUAAGCAUGGCGGGAGCAGAUCAGAUGAUACAAAUGACGAAGACAAUAUCCUUGACAUCACCUCAGACACCAUGCAUCUUGCUGGUGAUACCUUGAUUCCUAAGUCCAUUGACAGGACGUUGCUUGAGGAUGCAAAAGUUCUCAAUCAGGUUGACAAGAAAUUCAUAGCAAUUGUGGCCGGAAAAAACCUUGCUAUAAUCGACCAGCAUGCUGCUGAUGAAAGAAUUAGAUUGGAAGCUUUGCGUCUCAAGGUGUUGUCGGGUGAAAUGAAGACAAUCACGUACCUGGAUGCUGAGCAGCAAAUGGCUUUGCCUGAAUUUGGCUAUCAGUUACUGCAAAAUUAUGCUGCGCAGAUUCAGUCUUGGGGUUGGAUGUGCAAUAUUCAUUCCCAGGAUGCAAGUUCCUUCUCAAAACAUUUGGAUUUUCUACACAAGCAGCAAACUGUAGUAAAACUUCUUGCGGUACCUCGAAUUCUGGAUGUUGAUUUAACUGAUGCCGAUCUCCUAGAAUUUCUCCAACAGCUUGUUGAUACAGAUGGAUCAUCAACCAUGCCUCCAUCUGUUCAUCGUGUCCUUAAUAACAAAGCAUGCAGGGGGGCGAUUAUGUUUGGUGACUCAUUACUGCCGUCAGAAUGUUCUCUCCUUGUUGAUGAGCUGAAACGGACUUCACUUUGUUUCCAGUGUGCUCACGGGCGACCGACAACCGUUCCUCUUGUCAACCUUGAUCUCUUACAUGAUAGGAUUGCCAAUCUUUGUUCAGCUCAGUCGUGGCAUGGAUUAAGCCGGCAUAAACCCAGUUUAGAGCGUGUUGCACAGCGUCUAAGUCGGCCUCACAAAUAAAAAAUGCAUUAUUGUUUUUUUUUUUUUUCUUUGAAAUGAUGGUGUUGAGCAAUUCACGUUGAUAGAUAUAUGUUGUGUUGUUAACACAGAGGAGAAUGUUGUGGGCAUGUCUGGAUUGUGAAAUGAGCUUUGGGAAUUUAUAUGGUCUUUUUGUGUUAUCAUUUAUAGAAGCAGCUGACGAGCCUAUAUUCUUUUCUGACAACGGACAUUUUGGGAGUAUAAAGGACGAGG